AUGUUAAUUGCAUCGGGUGAAGUGUUCGGCAUGGAUCACUUUAUAAAUACAACUGAAUGGAUGGUUUCUUAUGACGAUGGUGGGAUAAAUUUCGACGGAACUGGUAAAGUUCUUUGGGAUAUAAAUGAUGAUCGUGUAAUGAUGGACGCAGAUCUAAAAAAAUUUUUUCGAGGUAGUGGGACACAAACCCCAAUUUCGGUACGCAUAUUGGACCUUUGUAAAGAAAUGAAACAUACCCAUUCGUAUGUCUACGAGAAAAAAUAUCGCCACUACCCUUUUACAGCCAAAGGUGAGGGACAGACGCUUGUUAACAUGGAAGGACGUUACAAAUCCACUGUGGUUUUUCGAGCCUAUGAUGAACACAAUCGCUUGAGACCUGAAGUUAUCAGUCUGCAAGUUCCAGGCGAUGUCAUUAAAGUCUAA